AUUCAUUCAUCACAUCAGUCUGUGAGUGGUAGCCGUGUUGAAAUGACGUGUUAUGUUAUAUCCUCCGCUUGUUCGUUUGAGCUUUAGUUUGAGAGUGGAUAUUUUCUCAUCGGUGUGUACCUUCUUCCAUCUUUUCUACUGCCUUAUAUGCUUCCACAACGGGAAGUAUACCAAAUAUACCAUUCGAGGUGCAACAAAUAGUGAAAUUGUGAUACUGUCGACUGGCAUGUCGAUUGCUGCCUUGGAAUAAGCGUGAUUUUUGUGCAGUGAGGUGAAUAUUUCACACCGUGUAGUUACGUGCAGUGGCAUUUAUGAGAAGCUUAAUAGGUGCGGUGACCUUAAAACAGUGUGUGAUGUAAGCAAACCUCGAAUACAUACUUCUAAGAAAUAUUAAUAAAUCGCUUUAAGAAGAAGAAAAGUGGAAACGAGAAGUGCCUUAAACGAGAGAAGAGAAAUUCAUCACUGGCAUACCGUUGAGCUGACGAGUCACGGUGGUGAAGCAAGAAGAGGAAAUUAUUCACAAACAAGUACUCAAGGAUACUGCUAGCACUGCUGUUCCAGAAGAGUUCCGGAAGCGAUGAUACACGUAGGAGACAACACAUGGAACUUGCGGGUCUUUAUCACGGACCUGCAGGUCGAGAAGACACUGCGAGUUCGGGGUGAUCUACACAUUGGUGGCGUCAUGCUUAAGCUGGUCGAUCCAGAUAAUCCAAAAGAUUGGUCAGAUCACGCAUUAUGGUGGCCAGCGAGGAACAUCUGGCUGACAAGAACGAAAUCUACACUCGAUCAGGUCGGAUUGCAUGCGGACGCCCUGCUACAUUUCACACCAAUGCACAAAACGUUACGGGUACAGAUGCCGGAUUUGAGAUACCUGGACUGUCGAGUGGAUUAUUCGAUCAAAACUUUCGGCGCAGUCGUUGCUCUGUGCAAAGAUCUGGGGAUUCGACAUCCGGAAGAGCUUUCACUGUGCAAGCCAUUGGAACCAGCUCAUUUGAAGAAAAAUUACGCCGAUCUACCAAAAAAGAAAUUUCCUGUGGAGCAGAAUGGCAAUGCGGCAAGAGAUUUCGUUCACCCAGCUCCGGAUACCAACACAUUCAUCCCGGCUACAGCGACAGGUUUUCAUGGCAGCAGCGGUAGCCUCGACGGACCAACGAACGGUGGACCGUUCUCGUGUGCACCGGUACAACAUCCACACUAUACGCCCAACAAACCAGCUUUGCAGAGUACACCAAUCAGCUCUCCCACAGGUACAUUGAGGCAUAAUUACACGAAUGGACACACUUCGUUCAACGAAUCAACUUCGAGUUUGGGUGAUGCGAUCGAUAAUCUGGCGUACAGUCCCUGCGCCCCUAGUCCAGAAGCGCGUUCACGGCUGGUGAAGCCAAAAACGUUGGUAGAACGAGCACGCAUGAACGUAGGAUGGCUGGACUCCUCACUGUCUAUCAUGGAGCAAGGGAUUCGAGAGUUCGACACUCUAUGCCUACGCUUCAAGUACUACACAUUCUUCGACCUCAAUCCCAAGUAUGAUCAAGUACGAAUCAAUCAGCUAUACGAACAAGCAAAGUGGCAGCUUCAGAAUGAAGAAAUCGAGUGCACUGAAGAAGAGAUGCUCAUGUUCGGGGCACUGCAGUUCCAGGUAAACCUUCAAAAUGAGGUUCCGCAGCCAGAUUCCGGAAUUGACACGUCCAGCCUCGACAAUGCUGCAGAUGAUGAUGUUGACGCAGCGCUACGAGAACUUCAGAUUACUUUGGAAGGACCAAGCAAUGGCCACAACGCUGGCGACAUAACGCACAUACCGGAACUAACAGAUUAUCUGCGGUUUUUGAAGCCCAAAAAGUUUACACUGAAAGGAUACAAACGCUACUGGUUUACAUACAAAGAUCUACACUUACACUUGUACAAAAGUAAAGACGAUGCGCGAUCGAACAAUCCUCCCCAAGUGUCCAUCAAUCUUCGCGGUUGCGAAGUCACACCGGAAGUUAACUUAUCGCAAAACAAAUUCAAUAUUAAACUGGAAGUGCCACUAGAACAGAACAGCAAUAGCGAAAUGUGGAUUCGAUGCGAUAGUGAGGAUCAAUACGCCAAAUGGAUGGCAGCUUGCAGAUUAGCGUCGAAGGGCCGAUCGCUGGCCGAUAGUUCAUAUGACAGCGAAGUGUCCAGCAUCAAAUCCUUCCUGAGUAUGCAGAAACCCGCGCAAGCACCGGCGGUGGCGAUAAACCCGAACAACAUCGACCCGAACGAAUAUCUGUCCGCUAGAUAUGCCAAGAAGCUUAAGAACAAAGCCGUCAUGAGGAUGCUGGAGGCCCAUGCCAACGUCAAAGAUCUUUCGCUGAUGGAUGCCAAGCUGAGCUACAUCCGGGCAUGGCAAAGCCUUCCGGAGUUCGGAGUGACGCUCUUCGUUAUCAAGUUUGAUGGCCAUAAGAAGGAGGAACUGCUGGGGGUGGCUAGCAACCGCAUUAUGAAAAUGGACAUCAAUACGGGAGAUCAUUUGAAGACGUGGCGCUAUAACACUAUGAAGGCCUGGAACGUCAACUGGGAGAUAAAAUGCAUGAUGAUCCAGUUCCAGGGCGAAAGCAUUGUGUUCUCUUCGCUGUCCGCGGACUGCAAGGUCAUACACGAGUUCAUCGGUGGCUACAUCUUCAUGUCGAUGCGAUCGAAAGAAACGAAUCAAACGCUUAACGAGGAACUUUUCCACAAGCUAACGGGUGGCUGGAACUAAACAGCCAACGAAUCCAACGAGUCGGUUAAUUUAAUUUUCUAAAAUGCUAACUACACUUUUGUACAUAGUAUAAUAAUUUUAGCAUUGUUAGAAGCUUGAUAUAAUCAUUUAACAACUAUAGCAAAUUUUUGGUCUAAAGAAAUUUGAAGGUACUUUUUAAAUCUUUGUAAGCAACCAUAAGUUAGUAAGACAAUCAAUUGUUCGUCAAAUAAAAAAGGACAUAAAAUUUAUAUUUGGAAGACUACAUUUUAAAGUUCUAAUACAAAAAAAACGCACACGUUAAUAUGCAAUAAUUAGGAUACAUACAAAAUUAUAGCAAUGAAAUAUUACAAAUGCCAAAAGUGUCUUCUACAACCUGUAAAAAAACGAAUCAAACUUAUAGGUACUAUUAAACUAGAUGAAAUCAUCGGUAUUGCAACUAUAUUUAUGUUACAUAACCUAACUUGAAUGUUAUUUUAACUUACUAGUUGAGCUACUUAAAUGUUCAAUAAUUCAUUAUUGAUUCUGGUUCGGCGGUUUACUUUUUGAACGGAAUAAUUGCAUUGAUUAAUAUACGACAGUUUCAGUUUAGAAGUUAAACAAACGUUGCAUUGGAUUUGAAAAAAAAA